UCAACCUCCAUAAGAGAAAGAAAGAAAAGAAAAAAAGGAGAGAGAGAGAUUCUUGGAAGAUCCCGGGACUGUAGACGUGGAAGGUCAUUCGGGUUUUGGCCUCGCUUGUGUUCGGUUGGGAAUUGCUGAGAACAAUGGUGACGUCAUCAUGGCACCAAACGCCAUAUAUAUCAGUAGUGAAGAUAUUGGCAGGGAUGGCGAUGGGUAUGGUCGUUGCUGAAGCCGCCACGGAGCUCGAAUGUAACAGGAGCUGCAGCUGUUGGGUGAAGGGUGACUUCUCGGAGGAAUAUCGUGUCAUCUGCAAUAACACUGUUGAUAAGCACGUGAGGCUAACCAGGAAGGUCUUCUCUGUGCUCUCCGCCCCCACCUUCUCCACCUACGUCCGAGUGGAGGAUGUGGAGACCCUGAGUGUGGACGAGGCCUUUCUUGAGGAGUGGAGGUCGGAAUUCCACUCCUCCGCCCUUGAUCUGUGGCGAGCGGGGCGUGUGGACUUCCCGGUGGUCACCUCUCACCAUUUCGCUGAAUCCUCGGGCUUCGAACAUGUUUUCGCAGGGAUUGGCGUGAUCAACAGCACACUGAACCACCUUCCUCCUGGGAUCUUCCGAGGCAAGCAGGAGGCGGGGCUGAGGCUGAAGCAGAGCUCCGUGGGUGUGUUGCCCCCCGGCCUCUUCCUUGGCGUGGGCGCCCUGAAGUACUUCGCCCUCGUCUCCUCCCGCGUGGGGCUCUUCCAGGGGCCUGCUGCGGGCGAGAACGGCAGCCUCUCGCUCGGAGGACCCAGCAAGGUGGCCGUCCUAGUGCUGGACUCUGACAUAGGAUUUCUCGGCCCUGGCGCCUUCGCCUUCAACUCCUCCGAGGUCAAGGAAGUGGAGCUCACCAACGUCACCAUUGGCAGCGUGGCAGUGGGCGGGGUGGACCUCUCUGGCCACGCCCAGCUGUCCAUCAGCAACUCCACGGUGUCGGACCUGCAGCCCGGCUCGCUGGUGCUCCGCGGCAGCAAGCUGACCAUCAUCAACAGCACGGUGGCGGCCCGCCCCUCGGCGCUGCAGGCCUUCCCCUGCUCCUACUUCAACAACCACAUCGUCUCCAACCACAUCCUCGUGUCGUCGCCCGUGCCGCUGCCGCUCGAGCGGGAGAGGGUCGUGACGGAUGCGAACGGGACGACGACGGCGACGCAGGACGACUUCUCGGGGCGGGACCUGGCCAGGUGGCUCCUGGAGGCGGUGCUGGACACGAGCUGCGUGCCCUACAACCUGCCCGAGUGGGCGCGCUCCGAGGAGGAGGAGUUCCUGACCCUCCCGCCCCUCGGGUCGCCCCAGGUACAGGACGUCCCUCCCAUCCUCCAUCUGGGGCUCUACAGCUUCGUGGGCAUCUCCAUGGUGGCGCUGGUGAUCGUGGUGAUUCUGGCGUGCCUUCUCGCCCGGGCCAAGAGGCGCCGCCCUGGCCACGAGCGACGGACGCCGCCCAUCGCCCUCAGCCAGCUGCACGAUCCCAUUUACGAGGACGCGCCCUUCCUGGCUCAGAGCUGCGUGCCCCCUCCCGUGCCCCCGCCGACGACGCUUCUGAGGGGGGACGAAAAGGACUCCGGGAAGCAGAAGGGCAGCUGUGAGGGCGCCGCGGCCAAGCCCAAGGGCGCCGUCGAGAAUGACUACAUGGUCAUGAAGUCCGUUUAGCGGCUCGGCUGCGUCGCCCGAAUCCCCGGCCGGAAAUAUAAAGGAAGAGAAAAGGUAAAGAGGAAAAGGAAGAAUGCUUGAGAGAAAAGCGAGAGAGAGAGAGAGAGAGAGAGAGAGAGAGAGAGAGAGAGAGAGAGAGAGAGAGAGAGAGAGAGAGAGAGAGAGAGAGAAAGAGAGAGAGAGAGAGAGAGAGAGAGAGGGGGAAGAGAGGAAGGCGUUAUUAUUUUCCUAUCAUAUUCCUCACUUCAAAACAACUAAUGAGAGUUUAGUCGUUUAAUGUACCAACAUGAUUGCUUCUGAAUGGUUUCUCCACACGUCAUCACCAUCUUUAUCAUCAUCUGAUCCCUUUUAUUGUUAUUUAUUAUUAUUAUUAUUAUUAUUAUUAUUAUUAUUAUUAUUAUUAUUAUUAUUAUUAUUGUUAUCAUCAUUAUUAUUAUUAUCAUUAUUAUCAUUAUUGUUAUUAUCAUCAUUAUUAUUAUCAUUAUCAUUAUUGUUAUGGAUAUUAUUAUCAUUAUUAUUAUGACAUUUAUUACUAUGAUUGCUACUAUUACCACAUUUAUGAUUAUUAGCAUUAUAACCAUUAGUAUUAUCUGUGUUAUCAGUAUCAUUAUCAUCAUCAUCACGUCAUCAUUAUUAUCAUUUUAUAAUACCCGUCAGUAUCACGAUCACCAUUGUCAUAAUCAUCAUCAUGAGUACUACCAUUGCUUUUGCUUUCCGUAAUAUCUUCAUCAAUAUUUUCAUUUUACUAUUAACAUUAAUUAUUGGACUUAUCACUACUGUACUUUAUGUGCACACACACACACACACACACACACACACACAUACACACACACACACACACAGAUGUAUACACACCCUGCGCGGCAGACUGUACGUGUGUGUGUGUGUAUUUGCAAGUUCAGCUCAUGCAUUGUUUAGAGAUGCUUACAUCAACCGACUGUGUGCAGGAAUAUCUCUGAAAUAACUAAACAAAUGAUAAUUAAAUGGAUAACUAUA